AUGGAGGUGGUGGGGCCACGAUGGAGGUGUGGGGCCAGGAUGGAGGUGUGGGGAGAUGGAGGUGUGGGGCCAGGAUGGAGGUGUGGGGAGAUGGAGGUGUGGGGCCAGGAUGGAGGUGUGGGGAGAUGGAGGUGUUGGGGCCAGGAUGGAGGUGUGGGGCCAGGACGGAGGUGUGGGGAGAUGGAGGUGUGGGGCCAGGAUGGAGGUGUGGGGCCAGGAUGGAGGUGUGGGGAGAUGGAGGUGUGGGGAGAUGGAGGUGGUGGGGCCAGGAUGGAGGUGUGGGGCCAGGAUGGAGGUGUGGGGAGAUGGAGGUGUGGGGCCAGGAUGGAGGUGUGGGGAGAUGGAGGUGUGGGGCCAGGAUGGAGGUGUGGGGCCAGGAUGGAGGUGUGGGGAGAUGGAGGUGUUGGGGCCAGGAUGGAGGUGUGGGGCCAGGAUGGAGGUGUGGGGAGAUGGAAGUGUUGGGGCCAGGAUGGAGGUGUGGGGCCAGGAUGGAGGUGUGGGGCCAGGAUGGAGGUGUGGGACCAGGAUGGAGGUGUGGGGCCAGGAUGGAGGUGUGGGGCCAGGAUGGAGGUGUGGGGCCAGGAUGGAGGUGUUAGGCCAGGAUGGAGGUGUGGGGAGAUGGAGGUGUGGGACCAGGAUGGAUGUGUGGGGCCAGGAUGGAGGUGUGGGGCCAGGAUGGAGGUGUGGGGAGAUGGAGGUGUGGGACCAGGAUGGAGGUGUGGGGAGAUGGAGGUGUGGGGCCAGGAUGGAGGUGUGGGGCCAGGAUGGAGGUGUGGGGAGAUGGAGGUGUGGGGCCAGGAUGGAGGUGUGGCGAGAUGGAGGUGUUGGGGCCAGGAUGGAGUAGUGGGGAAAUGGAGGUGUGGGGCCAGGAUGGAGGUGUGGGGCCAGGAUGGAGGUGUGGGGAGAUGGAGGUGUGGGGCCAGGAUGGAGGUGUGGGGCCAGGAUGGAGUUGUAGGGCCAGGAUGGAGGUGUAGGGCCAGGAUGGAGGUGUGGGGCCAGGAUGGAGGUGUGGGGCCAGGAUGGAGGUGUGGGGCCAGGAUGGAGGUGUGGGGAGAUGGAGGUGUUGGGGCCAGGAUGGAGGUGUGGGGCCAGGAUGGAGGUGUUAGGCCAGUAUGGAGGUGUGGGGCCAGGAUGCAGGUGUGGGGCCAGGAUGGAGGUGUUAGGCCAGGAUGGAGGUGUGGGGAGAUGGAGGUGUGGGGCCAGGAUGGAUGUGUGGGGCCAGGAUGGAGGUGUGGGGCCAUGAUGGAGGUGUGGGGCCAGGAUGGAGGUGUGGGGAGAUGGAGGAGUGGGGCCAGGAUGGAGGUGUGGGGAGAUGGAGGUGUGGGGCCAGGAUGCAGGUGUGGGGCCAGGAUGGAGGUGUGGGGAGAUGGAGGUGUGGAGAGAUGGAGGUGUGGGGCCAGGAUGGAGGUGUGGGGCCAGGAUGGAGGUGUGGGGCCAGAAUGGAGGUGUUGGGCCAGGAUGGAGGUGUGGGGCCAGGAUGGAGCCCGUACCCCACGCAGCCCGUACCCCACGCAGCCCGUACCCCACGCAGACGGUACCCCACGCAGACGGUACCCCACGCAGCCCGUACCCCACGCAGCCCGUACCCCACGCAGCCCGUACCCCACACUACUUUAG